AUGAGACGAAGUCAAUGUUGGACUCUUUCCUCAGUUCAGCUUGCAAUACACUACUGUCGCCACCAGGGCAGCAGUAGUAGUGGUAGUGGUAGUGGUAGUGGUAGUAGUAGUACCAACAAGAAUAACACUAACAGUGGGAAGGCCAGUAAUAACAUGGAUAAUAAAAACAAUGAAAAUGUGGCGGCGCGACGUCUUGUGAAUUCUCUUGGUUUUGAAUUGGAGAAUAUGGAACACCUGCUCCAAAGUUUUGCUACAGGCGAGAAAUUCACACCUGUAGUUUCGAGGAAAAAAAAUACUUUUUCUCCAUCACGUCUGGUGAAUGCAUGCAUGACUCAUCCACAGUUGUCACCACUAUUUGAGAAAGUCUCGUUGGCUUGCGGUGCCGUGUUUACGUCCCCACCUCAUGAAAGAGGUAAAGAAACUACAGGAAUAACAGAGUGGAAGAAUGAGAAAUUACACAGUCUACUGCACCGCUGUGCACUUCGUGUGGAGAAGGAUGUACAGAUCAAGGACAUGGAACAUCUCUCUGAGAUGCAGUUGCAGUUGAGUGCAAUGACUGUACUGGCUUCCGCUCUACGGAAGUUUAUGCAAGAGCUUCACCGUGAAGGGAAACGUCGUUCUCAUAAUUGUAAAGCGGGUGAUGAGGACGGAGUAAAAAAAAUACAGCAAUGGCGCUACGAAGCAAUUAAGGCACUUGUAGAAGCUUUUGCUUCUCUUGAGAAUUUUUUUUGUAAUUUGCUCACAAAAAAUUUUAAUAGGAUCAAUAAUGACGAUAGUAAUGCAGUGGAACGACGUGUAAUUUGUUUCUCUCUUGCUAGUCUUGUUCCUGCAUUUUUAUCUGUUGCAGAUGAGCUUCAGUUUCACAUUUCCCGUCCAACUGUUAAGAUGGUUGUGAGUAAAGAAGAGUUGCUACUGCUUGAAGGACAAAUCACAAACUGUAUAUCGUCUUUACUCCAAGUAAUAAACUCCUCAUUUGAGAAAACCCUUGAGGGAAGAGUAGAGUUCACGGAAACGGAUGUACACGAAAAAUCCUUGGUAUCUGUUAUUAGUGCAAUAGAUGGUAUUCUUGAAACCAUGAAUAAUCUACGAUUUGCAGCGAGUGAACCUCAAUCUUCUGCAGCAACUGCAGCUGCUUCUUCUGCCAUUUCUAUAUUUCCUUCUUUGAUUAUAUGGUUACUGCAGACAGUGACGUCGCUUUCUGUUGUUAUUUCCCCUCAAUUAGAGAGGGAUUUUAUAUCGUGUAUACAACAGUUAUGGGAAAGGAUAGCACCACCUCUUGAGCGUCGAUCUAGUGACUGUGUAAUGACGCACCGUACGGUUCAUGCAUCUCUUAAUAUUCGCUAUGCUCGUUGUCAAUCUGAAGAACCGGAUAGUGGAGCUAAUUUAUUGAUAGCUCCAACCCCUGCGAAGGCUAUUUUUCUUCUUGAAUGGUUGCGGCGUGCAACAGAAAAGUUUACUUUGUGGCAGUUAGAUCGUGGAAGUGCCCCUGCCUCCAUGGCGGUACCGUACGCCGUUCUAUGCCGCACGGUUCUUGGGAUGGAAGUGGAGGUGUACUUUCUUGCCUGCCGUCAGUCUGGCCGUACCUGGACCAUUCCCCUUGACCUUGACGGGUCUGAUAGCCAUACGAAUAUCCGUGAUGGUGAUCGGAAUGGGGAUAAUAGUGAUGGGGACCCUUUGGGGUGGAAGUCGGUGUUGGCGGCGGCCGCGGCGGUGCGGGUGGCGGCUGGCGGACUUGUGGACGCGUACGUGCGGGCCCUCGCCGCCCACGGGGGUCCACCCGCCGCCCGCUUCCGCGAUGCCGUCGCCGGGGCCCUCCUCCCGCUUCCCCGCCGCCACUUUCUUGACGCCGGCGGGGCCGCCCUCCUCCCCCGCGCCCUCCGCGCCCUCGUCGCCCUCGCACACGCCACCGCCCAAACAGACCCACCAGACCCACGUCGCAUCUGUGGAGUGCCACUCCCAAACGCCAUAGACAUCGCCUUCUUUCUUACCCUCUUGCAGAAUCGCAGGCACACUAGCACAGUCGGCGUGGGGCCCGCCGAAGAGGCUGCGGCAAGUGAGAUCGAUGAUACAGCGGUGAGGGCGUACGUACGCGAUGUGCUCCAGGCUCUCGAUCACAAUACCGCAAAGCAACUGUGGCACCUCCGCGCGACGAAGGUGCAGAAGUGUUUUACGGGUACUGACGUUAAUAGUGAAACCAGUGACGAAAGAAGACAACGACGACAGGCGCAGUCUGUGUUGAGUGUAGUACACGCUCACGUAAUGCAUCCAUCAUUUCUCUGGAUGCCUCUUCAACAACUUCAGGAGGUUGUAUUUAUGUUAGCACAGAAUCGUGAGUUGAUUGAAGAGACACAAGCAAGAUUGAAGUCCACACAGGUAGAAACAUCUGGGCCACUCAUAACACCUUUAGCUGGUAAUGGUGGUAGUGAUGAUGAUAGAACUGAUGGUGAUGCGGCUUAUUCUCAGAUUCUAUCAAAGGAUGAUGUGCCACGUCACUUUGAGCGAGCAUUGGGUUACCUCUCGCUGCGACUCUUCGUGGUGAGCAACGUGCUACGUUAUUACAGCCAUGUGUUGAAGCGUCAAGAGCGUCCUGCACGCUCGCCACUGGAAGAGUCUAAAUCAGAGUCAACGCGACGCGAACGGCGGUUAUGGGCAAAGUCCAUGUCCAUUACUCUCCGUGAUAACUAUCCUGGAAUGGCAGCGGAGGUGGAAGGACUUUUUCCCAGCAAAAUAAAGCAUCGCAAACGUGGAAAUCUUCGCGUAUUAGCUCGAAUGCAGACAACAAUUCAGAUGGCAGUACGGCAUAGUUUGCUUUUUCAUGUUAAGAAACGGCGGAAGUUAAGAAGGUUAAAACGGGUAAACCAGGGCAAGAUAGCUGCUGAUUGUAAUAUUGGAGAAAGUGCUAUGGAGAAUUCAGCAUUGUGUAAGAACGAGCUUCCAUCAAUCCCACAGGAAUCAGAGAAAACUACUGUAAUAAUAAUUCAUCUUCAACGAACAGAGGCAAAUACACCAUUAGGUUUCUCUCUAUACGGUGAUCGUGCACUGAUUCGUCGAAUUACCAGUACAGAAAAAGAAAAUUACACACGCACGCGUGCAUCUGAUACUCCAUUUGCUUCUGCACUUCAGGUUGCAGGAGUAGUUGACCCGUCCACUGUAGUUGGUUGGCGGAUUCUGCAAGUUGAUGGUCAUGACGUGCAGAAUAGCAAAAAUGUAAUUGCACUUGUUCGUGGAAAGUGUGAAUUUACAAUGGUUCUCUCACCAACAUAG